CGACAAACGUGCUCUUCACUCCCUGUGCUCUGCUGCUUUUUCCGGAGGGCGACGACAGAAGAAUGAGUAGUGCAGAACAUCGGCCACUGAGACGGCCGCCUCCUUCGAGAAUGUCGCAGCAGCCUCCAUCACGACAACCACUGCGCCAAAGUCGGAACACGUCAGGGCCGCAGGCUGCUGCAUCUGAUGGGCAUAGGGCAGUCUCACAGCCGCCGAGGCAGCCGCCCCGUGGCCAGAAGGGCCAAAAGGGAGACGGCGAGAAAGACUGCAAGGGAGUCGGAGGUCCGUCCCAGGGUCCGUUGGUGUCAAGGGGCCGCACAUUGACGAGGAACGUGUCUUCAAUGGUGGCCGGGUCGACCAAAAGCACUCGGAUUCCGUCUGACGCCAGUCACGACGCCGCUGAGGUGACAGUGGGGGAGAUACUUCAACAGGUCAGUGAGUGAAUGGACACCGAACAAGGCAGAAAUGAUGCACUUUUUGAAUGCAUCCGUGUGUUGUCGACAAGCAGCUGGCUGGGCUUCGCUGUCAAGUGCGCCAGUUGGCCAAGAGCAUCCCAUCCCAACGGAGCCUCACUUUGCCCUCUCGCGACCACACGCCUCCUACAGCCCCAGCACCCAAGAGAGAGCCCCCCAAGGCCACAGCAGCCUUGCGAACUCAGCGCCGUAUCUCUCUCGUGGAAAGGAAGCCCGAGCCGUCCUUGUCAAUGUCUGCCUUGACCAUUCCAAUUCGGUGUCGUCCACGGACGACGCCGUCAUAUCCGCGCUGGCAAUCCUUCGAGGACCUGCCGCCUGUGUGCAUCGCAGCCAUACAAGGCAGGAGGGCCGCCACGCAGGAGUCACUGUGGGAUUUUCGAGCACAUGCAGGACGACAUCUCUCUUUUUCGGCCGGCUCUGCCAGAGACCAGAGCCGCAGAAGGGCAAGAGCUGGUCGUCGCCGCGAUUGCGUGUCUCCCUCUCCGCCUCAGCAUUGUGCCACGAGGAUGGCAAGGCGGCUGCUGAGUGCCGGUGUGUCCGUCAAUCGGCUCUAUGAGGACCCUAUGGCCGUCAGUGCGGCUCUACAUCGUGCCCCCACGCAAACCAGCCUGAGAAGAAGCAGUGGCAGACGGAGGGAGAGCCGCCGAGCGAUGGACGGCAAUCAAGAUCUUGUUCGCCCUGCACCUCCGGCUGUUGUCUACCACGUCAUGCCGGAAUGGAUCCCACCGCCCCCAGGAGCAGCAGCAGCAGCACCAGAGGCGGCCGCCUACUGGACUCCACAAGGCUGCUACGCCCCUGUGUGGCCUUCCCUCACUCCACCAAGUCGGUAUGACUCGCUGUUCGACGACUACAGACGAACGGCGGAAACUGAAGAGCAGCAGCAGCAGCAGCACCACCAGCUGCAGCGCCCUGCGGUUUCCUGGAACAACAUCCCCACCUUCGAAUCUUGUCAGAAGGAGGCUCACGGUCUCACUCCACCAGCACGUGCCUCACCAAGCGCCCUAGGCGAUUGCCUACACGAGCAGCAGCAGCAGCCGCACCACCACCGCAGCACGAGGGCAGGACAGCCAACGAGACACGAAGAACCAGCAAUCGAUGCGCGCCAGGCGCUAGGAGAAGAGGCACUACCCGCCGGGAGAGACACUGCCGGCACUUCAGCAGCGGUGGAGGUUCCCUGCGAUGAUUGGCCUGCAGAGGGAGGGCGGCUGGCGUGUGAGGCGUCUGAGGGUCUUGCUUGUCGCGCGACAGGGCGGUUGUCGGCCUCUGCUGUGGCUGCGAGGGCUCGGCGGGCCAGGCCCCUGGCGCGAGUGACGAGAAAACUCUACCAAAAGGUGCAGAUGCGAUCGACGAGGCUGCCAUACUUUUGUUUGUCUGCCUCCAUGCCAUCGGUCGUCCUUCUAUAUAUGUCUGUGUUUGUGUGUCAGCAUCUAUGUGUGGGCUUCACUCGUCUGACCACCCUGCGGUUCGCGUCGUCGUUGCCCUUCGUCCGGGGAGAUCGGGGGCUGGACAUCAAAUCCAACAGGACCGCAGAGACACCAGCUAAAGAGUCCAAUUUCGACCGCUGGCGGAGAAAAAUCAGUACGGGGGUGAGGCGAGGCGCGUGAAAGAGAGAGGCACGACAUGGACUUAUCCUCCUGGUACACGUCCAUGGGCGUCUUCGUGUGUGUAUG